AUGAUCGGCUCAACAGUGGCACCCGCCACAAUCGCAGUAGCGACGUCUUCGAUGCGAUUUACGGCCAUGGCUUGCACACGUCGCAGCUGCGCCGCCAUCGGCAUCACACGAGGAGGCAGCUCACCACUGCUUCGAAUGGCGCAUACGUGGGCGCUGGAGGCCAGCAGACCUCCGUCCCCUAUCAUUGGCCGUCUUUCCACACUCUCUUCCAGAGCCAACAGCUUUUCGAGGAUACAGAUGUCGCCAUUCAGCACCUCGUCACGCUGGGCGGAAGCCAAAUCGCCGCCGACGUCCGGCAAUGCACCUACACCAUCCUCGUCACGCGCUGCGGCCAUGACCGACGAGUUCCAACGCCGACAGCGCGAGUCGUACAGGCGCCGCAACCAGUCGCUGCUCAUGUACUCUGCUGCGCUGAUGGUGUUCACACUCGGGUUCAGCUAUGCCGCCGUACCGCUGUACCGUGCGUUCUGCUCGGCCACCGGAUUCUCCGGCACGCCCAUCACGGACCCGGAACGCUUUGCGCCGUCCCGCCUGGUGCCUGCGUACUUGGACCCUUCGACCAACGCCCCGACCAAGCGCAUCCGAGUCACGUUCAACGCCGACGCAUCCGACGCCAUCCCCUGGUCGUUCACCCCGCAGCAGAAGGAGAUCUACGUGCUCCCCGGCGAGACCGCGCUCGCAUUCUACACGGCCAAGAACAAGUCGGAUAGGGACAUUAUUGGGAUUGCGACGUACAACGUCUCGCCGGACCGGAUCGCGCCGUACUUUGCCAAGGUGGAGUGCUUCUGCUUCGAGGAGCAGAAGCUGCUGGCAGGCGAGGAGGUCGAUCUGCCUGUAUUCUUCUUUAUUGAUACCGACGUGCUGGACGACCCGACCACCAAGACGGUGGAUGAUGUUGUGCUGAGCUAUACGUUCUUUUCGGCGAGGAGGAAUCCGAAGAACGGUCAACUCGAGCCGGAUACCGAUUUGAGCAAGUACACCGUCGGCAAGGAUCUCUGA